GAAGAAGGGGGAUCAAAGUCUUUGUUCGGGUCUUACCGGGGGCGCUCGGCGGCGCUCGGGGCGGGGGGGGCGGUUCAAGGGGCCAUGAGCGGCGGGGGGGCCGCGCACAAAAGAAAAGUUGUUGUGGCUGCGGCGGGGCUGGCGGAGCGACGCUCGGUUCCCGUUCGUUCCCCGUUCCCCUUCCUGGCCCCGGGCCACCCCCACGUCACCGCGCCGGGGCCGCGCAAGUUAAAGGCGCAACGGCACCGAAAGGCGCCGCUGCCGGGGGGCGCACCGGGAUGAGCCCCCCCCAAAACGCGGCCGUGGGGGCCAUCGCCGCUGUCACCCCGCCGCUCCCUGCGACCCACCGGGUCCCGGCGGGGUGCGAUCCACACCCCCCCCCCGGCUGCUACCCAAAAAUUCCGCCCCCCACCCGCAAGCAGCCACAGAUUCGUGGGGACCGGACCCGCCGCUGGGGCUGCGAGACCCCCGACUGCACCGGGACCUCCCCGCUGUCACCGGGGGGGUCGCUCGUCCCUCGGGGACCCUCCCGGGGCGCUGGGGUCGCCCCGAGCCCGGCCAGGGCGGGGGGGGCCGGGAAAGGGGGUUUUAAACCGGCCCCCGCGGCAGCAGGAGCGCCCGUGGAGCGGACGCGGCCCCCGGGCGCUGCAAAGCGCCGCAAAGCGAACGGGGGCGCCCGGGAGGCCCCGCGCUGGUCACCCCCCCGCCCCGCUGCUGUGUCCGGUGCGGGGUCGGCUAGUGGGGGGGGACAGACCCCACCUCACCUCCGCCCCCCGGUGUCCCCGCCCCGUGGUCCCGACCGACCCCCGACCCCCUCGUACCGUGUCCGGGGCCGCCCCCCCCGGGCCGUUCCACCGCCCGGAUUCAAACGGUUUGUCCCGCCCCCGCUGCUUCCCUAUUGGUCGCCUGAGGGGUGGGGCGCGUCACGUGGCGAGGAGGACGAAGGGAAACUACCGAUCCCGGCGGCCCCUUGUAGGCGCGCGGGUCUCGCGAGAGCCGGUGGGAGCGGGUUGCCAUGGGAACGGGGGAGACGCGAGUGGGGAGGGGGCGGUGGCAGCACUGGGGGGGGCAGGGAGAUGCUGGCCUGGGAGGAGCAGCCCGAGCUGGGCCCCCCCCUCGACUUCUCCUUCUGCAACAUCAGCACCAUCAAGGAUCUCCUGCAGACCCAGCCCCGUUCUGGCCCCGUGCCCCCCCGGCUGCCCCCCCCGGCCUUGCGCCUCAACAACAACCAGCUGGGGGGGCUGGGGGAGCUGCCCCCCACCCUGCGGGGGCUGCGCCUGGACCCCGCGCUGCUGCGCUGGCUCGACCUCUCCUUCAACCGCCUCCAGCACAUCCACCCGGUGCUGAGCACCCUGGGGGCCCUGCAGAGCCUGCAGCUGCACGGGAAUGACAUCGGGGAGCUGGGCGAGGUGGACAAAUUGGGGGUCCUGCCCCAGCUGCGCCGCCUCACCCUGCAUGGGAACCCCAUGGAGGAGCUCAGGGGUUACAGGAGCUACGUGUUGUCCCAGCUGUCACAUCUCACCUCCCUGGACUUCAGCGCGGUGACAAAACAGGACCGCGAGGACGCGGCCAUCGCCCAGCGUGGCAAGAAGAAAGGGGGGGGCCCAGGACGCAGAGCGGCCCCCCUGGCUCCCUAGUGAGGGGGACACAGUGGAAAAGGCUGGAGGGGACAAGGCGCAACAUGGAAACAGCAGCACCCAGAGCCCCCCCCGGAGCUGCGGGUCUUUGUCCUGAGAGCUGUCCCCAAACAAGGCGCAUUCAUCCCCAAAAUCCCCGUCACCCCCACCAGGAGGGGACAGGGGGACGUGUCACCCCCCCCGUGCAUCCAGGACAGAGGAGACGGGCGCCGGCUGAACGUGGAUUUAUCUACUGUGGCCAAAAAUAAUAAUUAAAAGAAAAAACCAAACCCAGCCAAAUAAAGGUUCAAACAUGUAAAAAUGGGGGGGGGGGACAGUGACAGAAGCCACCGGGUCCCCCCCGCAGUGUCACUGGCUGUGCCGGGGCCUCACCGUGCCGGCGUUCCCUUUGUGCCAUCCUGGCGAGACGCAGCGUCAUGUGUGUCCCCCCACCACGCACCCCCACCCCCCCGCCCACCCCCCAGGAGGGAGAGGAAGGUCCGGGGGGGGGGACACGCCGGUGACAAGCGUGGUGCCGAUUAGUAGCAAACGGGGCAUCUGUACAAGUUCCAUCGCGGUGCCGUGAGGAGGCGAAAUAAAGACCAAAAAGAGGGGAAACAAAACCCAAAACAACCAACC